AUGAGUCAGUACCUUUUGCGAUUACGAGCUCCUGCAAGUCGAUUGAUUACUAACCCAGUAUGCAGAUUAGCCGCAUUAUCAGACGGCAGUGAAUUUUCUCCAGCUCACUUCGAUGCAAACACUGCACCAAAAGGGAAGUGGCAAAUUCAGGUGAGUCAAAAAAAAGAGGGCCGAUUCUACCACACCAGAAAGGCCUACUUUUUGGGAUCGGGUGAUGGCGAAACGAAUACUUCCUCAUUCUCCAUGUCUCCCCCACUAUUGGCGCGAUACGGUGCUUCUACCAGGUUCUUUCUAUUUUGGGCCAUUAUAUGCGAGUGCUCCCAAUCUUGCGAUCGGAGCCGAAAUCCGGUUUUCAAAAUGAAGGUUUUCCUGGUCUGGUUUGCUUCCAAUGUCUCGCCUUUACUAUACGAACCCCUCUUUUGCCUUUCCUUUUGUGUCUUUUCCAGACGGAGCGGUGAUAUGGCUAUGCGCGGAGUGUAUACACUUCGUAAACCGUUGGGUCUGCGCCUGCGCAUACGGCAAGCCGCACUAAUCAGGAUAAGAUUGUCAGAAAAGCGAAAUCGGAUCUGGCAGGAAUGCCAGGAACAUCAAGCAGCAGACACGACUAGAUUCACCAUGUUGGAAAGGCCUAGACACAAUCGUACGUUGUUGGAGAAAAAUGAUUUUAAAAGAAUAUUCUAG